AUGAGCCAGAAGUUGGAGAAGUUGGCCUUGGAGACAGACCAGCGCUGCCAGCCUCUGGUCUACACCGUGGAGGAGCUGGAGUGCAAGAUUUGCUACAACCGUUACGACACGCGCACCCGCAAGCCCAAGGUGCUGGGCUGCCUCCACCGCGUCUGCGCCAAAUGCCUGAAGAAGAUCGUGGAGAACUCGUCCCCCAGCAUCGUCAGCUGCCCCUUCUGCCGCCACGAGACGCACGUGUCCGACGAUGAUAUCUGGUUGCUGCAGGACGACAGCAACAUCCUGGCAAUCCUCACCUACCAGGACCGCGCCAGGAAGAGUGGCGGUUCCAUCACCCCGAACGGGGAGGUGCUGCUCACCCCGGGCAGCCUGAGCGGGAGCGGAGGUGGAGGGGGUGGCUGUGGUGGUUCUGGGGGCGGCUGCGUCACAACCAGUGAGCAGUCGCACAGCUCCUCAGACUGCCUGGUCAUCACCAUCAUGGAGGUGCCGGGCGAGUCACAGUCGUCAGACUCCAUGAGCAUGCUCAAUAUGGUGCACCUGUACCGGCCCGCCAGCCUGGCCUCGCUGCCCUGCCACCUGCCCGCGCAGAAGUGUGGCGCGUGGACCUCGCGCACCUUCCCCAGCUUCCUCAUUGGCGUCCUGUGUCUGGUCUACUUCUCAUCGCUUCCGCUGGGCAUCUACCUGCUGAUGAUCCAGCAGCUCACCCUGGGCAUCAUCCUGGUCAGCCUGGUGCCCUCCACCCUGGUUCUGUGUGUCUUCUACGGCUUCUGUCAAUGCCUGUGCCAUGAGAUCAUGCAGUCCAUAGCCACAUAG